AUGACGUUUUGUUUGUUACAAAUUCUUUUAGUGAUUUACUUGUUGCUAAAUAUAACAUUUUCUCUGAAGGAUACAGACAAAGAAAGAGAAAUUGAAGGAAAAGUGGUGGUCGUGACGGGAGGAACUUGUGAUAUAGGUUAUGCUAUAGCAGACCACUUUUUAAAUAAUGGUGCUAAAGUAGCCAUUUUACUUGAUAUAAAAAUCGAAGAAGGCAUUCAGGCUGAAAAGGAAUUGAAUUCGAAAUACGGAGAAAAUAAGGCUGUUUUUAUUCAAUGUGAUGUUACAGUCGACUCGAAGAGACUCUCAGAGUAUAUUUUAAGGAAGUUCAAACAUGUCGAUAUAUUUGUCAACAACGCAGCAUCGGUGGAAGAAAAUGAACCGCGAAAACUUAUGUUAAUCAACGCUGUUGCAACGAUUGAAUGGUCUAUAAUUUUUUUCAAACACAUGCGGAAAGAUAAUUUUCGAGGAGAAGGAGGUACCAUAAUCAACAUAUCGUCAACGGCCGCCCACAAUAUUGAUCCCUUAUACGCAACAUACAAAGCAUCUAAAUUUGCCAUUUUAGGAUUUUCGCAAUCACUUGGUCAUAAAUAUAAUUACAAUAAGUACGGUGUGAGAGUUUUGACGCUGUGUCCAGGACCAACAAACACGACACUGGUGAAUAAUGUGUAUAAUUUGUACGAGAGAAAACUAGUAGAAAAAGUUAUUAAGUAUUACAACUUUGCCACUAUACAGUCGUCGGAUAAUGUCGGAAGAGGUGCCGUGGAAGUAUUUAGAAGUAGUGAAAGUGGUAAAUCUUGGGAUAUUGUGGACGAAAAACCACCCGUGGAGUCUCCAAAUACUAUAACGGUAAUGCCAGAAUUUUGAGGCGACUUUCUAUGGUUUUGACCGAUAUUAUUAGACCAGUAGUAAAAAAUAAAUUAUACUUUUAACGAGUCAUAAGUUUAUAAUAUAAAGUUCAAUCAUUUUUAAAUAAUGAACCGACAAACAAUGCUUCAGCGAAGAUGUGAGAAAGUUGAGUUGUAUUCCUGUAAACUGACGAUUCAAAAUUUGUAUUUUAGAACAUGUUUGUAUGCAAGAUUAUUUUAAAAAAUGCCGUUAGCACGAUUCAUGAUUUUUUCUGGGCUUUCUUCGACUCUGUGAUAGCUAGAAUAUAUUUUUUCAAUAUUCAUAAUAUCUCUAUCAUACAGAGACAUAACUUUUUCCUUAUAAAUGUAUACUGUGACAAUAUUCACUUGUCAAAUGACUGUAACAAACUGACAGACUAUUAAAUUUGGAAAUUAGCUAUGGCCUUCUAAAGGCUUUCAAAUAGACUCAUUCUUCACUAAAUUAAAAUUAAUUUUAUUACGGUCCAUGUUGUCGAACCCAGUUCCUACUGAUUUAAGCCAACGCUGGUUGUUGUAAUCUAACCAAAACUAUGGCAAGUUAGUAUCUGAUUAACGGUCAAUAAUGAUCUUACUUAGUUUUUUUAGUAUUAAUUAUUUCUUGGUAUAUAAAACUUGUUUUGUGUAUUAAAGCGUUAGUGUACAAGCAAUAUUUGAGUCCAAACAUUGAUGACUUUUUUGUUGAGUAACUGUGUUAUAUGGUAACUUACCGUUCGAAAGAAAGUGCAUUUUUGUG